ACAGUAUGUAUAUCCAAAGAUGCAUGGAAAAUUCAUGGAGGCUUUAAAUGUGACUUUUAUCCUAUAUUCCGUGUUGAUGAUGAUACUAACGAAGAAGGUGAACCCAAACUAGAUUUCACCAAUGGGACUCUAAUGACAUCGGAUAUUGUCCGGAUCCAUUGUCGUUCUUCUGAGGGAGAUACAUUCGAUAAAGUAUUGGUCGGUAUUGCAUACAAGAAGCAGCUUCACAACUUCACUGGCGCUCGAAAUCCACACAAAAUGAACCUAAAUGUGUUAUUAGUAGGUUUCGAUUCUAUUUCAAGGAUGACAGCUAUCCGGAAAUAUGUUAAAACAAGAGAUUAUAUUUUAAACAAAUUAAAUGGUAUAGAACUAGAAGGAUAUAAUAUAGUGGGUGAUGGUACUCCACAAGCUCUGAUACCCAUUUUAACUGGAACUACUGAAAUCGAACUUCCAGAGAGUAGGAGAGGAUUUAAAAACGCACGACAUGUUGACGGUCAUCCUUUUAUUUGGAAAGAUUAUAAGAAAGAUGGCUAUAUCACACAUUUUGUUGAAGAUUUACCACCCAUUUCUAUUUUUAACCAUAGAAUGGUUGGAUUCAACCAUCAACCAACCGACCAUUAUGGAAGACCGUAUUAUUUAGCCAGUGAAUCUAGAGUUGAGUUGUAUUUUCCAUUCUGUUAUAAAGGUAGCAAAAAGCACAAUAUUUUUUUGAAAAUGUUCGAAGACUUCUUUGACAUGUAUCCAAAUAAAAUGAAAUUUGGCUUUGGAUUUCAUAGUGAAAUUAGUCACGAUGAUAACAACCGGAUUGAACUUUUUGAUGAAGAUGUUUAUCUUUGGCUCAAAAGUUUGGAAGAUAAAGGCCAUUUAAACAACACAAUGCUUAUUUUUAUGAGUGACCAUGGUGCAAGGUUCAGUCAGUUUCGAGCAACAUCCCAGGGCAAGCUAGAAGAACGCAUGCCAUUUUUUACCUUCACCUUCCCAAAGUGGUUCGAAAAAGUUUACCCUGAUGCAAUGCAAAAUUUCCGAAUAAAUAGUAAACGCCUAGUGACUCCGUUUGAUAUUCAUGCCACGAUGUAUCAUAUGAUAAACUAUGAUGGAACUGGAAUCGGUGACGUGAAUAAUCGAGGAAUCAGUUUAUUUCGAGAAAUACCAAAACAUAGAACCUGUGCGCAUGCUUUUGUGGAGCCACACUGGUGUGCGUGUUUGGAUUGGCAAGUUGUUGAGGCCAAUAGCCCUUUACUGAAACGUGCUAUUUUUGUGUCAAUAUCUUCAAUUAACAAGUGGAUUCAAACAGCUUCCAAUCAGUGUCAUUUCCUACGUAUCAGUAAGAUAACGCGUUCAAAGCAAUACCAUGCAAACUCUCGGAUGUUGAAGUUUAAAAAAAGUGCUGACAACCACGGGAGAAUUGCUGAUCUCUCUAGUAAAACGACUUAUGAUGAAACAUUUUAUCAAAUAACUUUCAUUACCGAGCCUGGAAGUGGACUUUUUGAAGUAACUGUCCGUCAUAAUCUAAAAUCUAAUGAAAUGACUAUUGGGCUAUCAGACGUGAGUCGAACAAACGCUUAUGGUGAUGAUCCAAAAUGUAUCAAGGACACAUUACCACAUUUAGAACGUUUCUGUAAAUGCAAAACCUAAUUGCCUCGUGGAGUUUACUUGACGAAUUUUAAAAAAAAAAACUCAUCAUCGCCAAUAUCUGAUUUUUUGCGAAAUUUUGUUAAAAUGGAUGAAUAAGGAUGAGCCCUUUCUAAAGAUGAAAUAUGGCACAAUAAUUGUGAAUGGAUUUAGACGAAAUCGUUUAUUAUCAUCCAAGUAUGAAAGUAAACAAUCGAGUCUUUUUUUGAUUUUUAUAACAUGAAUUACCAUUGAAGUUUCAAGGAAAUGAUUGAGUAGCUCAUUGCGAACUUUGUUUUUCGUUUUUUUUAUUUUUUUUUUUAUUUUUUCGUUAAAAUGAUUUACACAUAUAUGCCAACGUACCACCAUCAUGUAUUUAAAUCGUUUCUUGGGCUUUACGAGAUGGAUCGACUAUAAUAACGUCCUAUGGACAUUACCUCUAUUGUUCCUCAGAUUGGACAAUACAGAAGAAUAUCUUAUACUUAUACCAUUACCAAUAUUAUUCGGACAAGAAGGCUCAUGCUGCUGGAAGUUUCCCCCAUUGCACACAAUGUGGUUUUCUUGUUUUCG